AUGCCGGCAGAGAAAGAAGCCCGUCCUUCAAUCGCUCGGAUUAUUGGCCAUCAGAGAGUGACAUUGGGGAUGCUGAAACUCAGCGUGCAAUCUUCGGAUGGUAACUGGUUGCUCGCCAAUAUUAUCGCCGAUGAAGGCAGUGACACCACCUUGAUUAGGACGACCUUCGCGACCCGUUUAAAGCUGCAAGGACUGCCGCAGGUGUUGAAGGUGGAUGGUGUCGGCGGAGUCAUCGACCGAUACCAGUCCGAACGAGUCCAGUUCCAGUUACGUGCCGAAUCUGGCGAAAUCUUUAAGAUGGAAGGUUCAACAAUGAAGAUGGUCGCCAGCCCCACUCCGAUCACAGACUGGAGUAAGGACAAACAGAAUUGGCCGCAUCUCCGCGACCUUCCGGUCGGAGUAGUGGGAGGAAAGGUGGAUCUUCUCGUAGGUAUAGACUAUCUGCAUCUUUUGUUGCCGCGCGAGACCAGAGAAGGACGCGAUUAUGAGCCAAUCGCCUGCAAAACAAGACUUGGUUGGAUCGUGAGAGGAGUUACCAGCCGAAGCCAUCAGGUCACAUCCAUUCGUAGCUGCACGAUCACUGGCCAGACCCUCCUGGAUAAUUUGACAGCGGAAGUUCGUCGUUUCUGCGACACCGAGAUGUUUGGGACCGAAUUCACCGCCGGAUGUGUAUCAGCCAACGACCGCCGAGCUCUAGUGAUGGCAAAGGAGAAGACCUGGAGGUUGUUCGUCGGAUACGAGGUGCCAAUCAUCUGGAAAGAAGGGGAUCCGGACCUCGUGAAUAAUCGACUCAUGACCGCCAAUCGCUUCCAGAGCCUUCUCAGGAGGAUCCAGCGCAAGCCGAAUUUAGAAAGAGAUUAUGAAGUGACGAUGGAGCGAUUGUCUUUUGGUGCCAGCUGCUCCCAUUUGGUGUUUGUGCUCAACUUAUUCCGGAACAACUGGAGUCUUCCGGCGAAGACGGAACUACGUCUAUUGGAAUCCAGCUCGGCCGGCGAGCCGGCCUCGGGGGAGGAUGGAUCGGCGAAAGCGCAUCCCGUCAUAAACUUGGCAACGUUUUCCCUCCCUCCUUUUCCCCCUCUUAAAUGUCAGUUAAUGUCGUCUGUAAAGCACGUUGAAUUCUGGGCUUUCACUCUUUCUCUCUCGUGUUAA